GUUACGUAGUCGUCUUUAUCCUCUGCUUCUUUUUUCGGAGGAAAACAAAGCCAGUCAGCAUUGGAAGUCGUUAAAUUAGCAUUGACAAUAAGUACCGUCCUUACGAAUUGCAGGAGCGAACCAGAUCCAGCGGCACGUGGGACGAUUGAAGAUCCAACAGCUCUCCUGAUGAUACAACACCACUGAAACUACUUUAAUACUUCAGGAUGGCUAGUUGUGGAGAAGUAGACCACUCUGUUAACUCCCUUCCAUCCAGUAAAAAAGGCAGCAGUAGCGGUGGUGGUGGUGGAAGUGGGAACAGUGCAGACUCCUCCUGCUCCGGUUCCAGCAACUCAUCCCCGGCCCUGUCUGUACCAGAGUGUGCCAUCUGUCUGCAGAGCUGCGUCCACCCAGUCCAGCUGCCGUGCCAUCAUGUCUUCUGCUUCCUGUGUGUGAAGGGAGCGUCCUGGCAGAGCAAACGAUGUGCUCUGUGCAGGCAGGAGGUGCCGGAUGACUUCCUGGAAAGGCCCACACUGCUCUCACCGGAGGAGCUGAAAGCGUCGGCAGGAGGUCGGGGUGGGGCUGCAAGCGAUCACGCCUGGUAUUAUGAGGGCCGUAAUGGCUGGUGGCAGUAUGACGAGAGAACCAGCCGUGAGCUGGAGGACGCUUUCUCCAAGGGCAAGAAAACAGCUGAAAUGCUGAUUGCUGGUUUUUUGUAUGUAGCUGAUUUGGAGAACAUGGUGCAGUAUCGGCGCAAUGAGCACGGUCGCAGGCGAAAGAUGAAAAGGGACAUUUUGGAUAUUCCCAAGAAGGGAGUGGCAGGACUGCGUUUGGACGCUGAGGGUGUGACUGGGGCUGUGGGCGCAGCGAGCCGAGAAAACUCUGCUGAUGGGGCUGAUACUACAGUAGCAGGUAUCCAGCAACAGGUUCCAGGCGUCUCUUCUUCUGUAACAGCCCCUUCGGUUAAUUCCAGACCUCCCACUUCCCUUGGGGGUCAGCCUGGCCCCAGCACGAGCCCGUCUCUCGAGGAUGCUCUCUCCCAGCUGCAAAUCAGCCCCAGGCCCACACCUUCUCACGAGCGCUCCGAGACUGGAGAAGGAGAGGAAGAAGACGAGGAGGAGGAGGCUUCACCCUCCAGGUCCUCUGACCCUCACACCUCUGUGGACGAGUCUGGAUCUGGAGACUGGAGCGACGACGAGGAAGAGGAGGACGAAGAAGAGGAGAGGGGAGACGGAGAGCGCGUGGAGCCCCUGGCAGACAGGCCGCAGAGACAAAGACUGAAUCCAGAGGACAGACCCGCUCCCCGUGCGCUGUCCAGCUCUCCCUCCUCCUCAUCCAGUAGCAGUGGAAGGUCCAGAAUGCCUGACGGCCAGUGUACAGUGACUGAAGUGUGAAGUGAUCAUUAAUUCGUCAUCACUGAAUGGCUCCGUUCUGUUCCAUUAAUUAAUUCCUCACAUUAUGCUGGUGUUCACUCAAGUCACAGACUGGAUGUGGGUGUAUUGCUUGGUCAGAGGAGGCAUUCAGUCACAAACAAAGCCAUGUUUUCUUCGUUUUCGGUGCCUCUUUGGUUCAUAACAGUCUGGGCGGAUCAGCCCGAUCCACUCGGCAGGUAAUUGUGUUGAUACACUGGAAGUGACGGUUCUGGCACUGAUCAGUAAACAGUGUUGUUGUGAAUGAAGAAAUCCCAUAUCAUAUUCAGUACAUCAUGUGAAAGACGUUCAACACACUCACCGUGGUGUUCAACUGCAUCAGGUCUGUUCAUGUUAAGUUCCCAAGUAUUUUAUGUUGAAAGGUAGACGGACUCAACACCCAGGCUGCUUGUGUUGUUUACAUUUCUUCUGGAACACCCAGGGGGGGGGCUUCUGGGAAUCCCAGGCAGACUUGUCAUGUGCAGUGAAUGAAAGCAUAAUGGGGAUUUUACUCCUGGAAAUGGAACUGAGCCAUUAUCGCGAACGGCCACAUGCUUAUCAUCACUUUAACUCUCUCAGCUAACUUAGCACGCAGACAAGGGCUCAUUGGAGCUCAAGUCACCCGACAACUCUGACGGAGAAUUUAAUCCUUAAUGAAACUGUUCCCCACUUCCAGCCUAUCUAAAAGAUUUCCCGGUUUAUUCGGCCUUUCCUUUUGAAAAUUCUCAUUGUUAAAAUGCUAACUUUUGGAAAGUGUAGAGCUGAAUGCGGUUUGAUAAAAUCUUAAGGUGUUUUAAGUAAGGAAAGGUAACAGAUGCAGUCCAUGGCAUUCUUAUAGUGUGUGGAUCUUUAAAUUUCAUGCUUAAUAUUUAACAUAGUUUAAAUUCAGGAUAUCGUAGGGCUUGAGAAUUUCUGCAGUUUUUUCAAAUUCUAAAUUAUUUAUAGCCCUGUCUUUAAUAAAUGUGCACGUAUCAGAUUGUUUUAACAUUCCCCAGCUUUAAAUAAUUUGGAUUUUAACGUGAAAUCUGUGUUUUCAUCUCUAAAGCUGUUGAGGCCGUUCUGGCCUCAUUAAUAUUCUUGUUGUCCCUCUAAAGUGUUUUCAAUUGGUGUGUUCCUAAAGUUUUGUGAAUCGUGCGUGUUUGGAGAGAGAGAGAGAGCGAGAGAGAGCCAUGGAAACAUUACAGGCUGACAGGUAUGGAGAACUGAUGUGUUCAGGGUUGAGUUUAAGUAAAUGUUUUUGUGUUUUGUUUCCUUUUUUUUGUGCAUUUCUAAUGGGUUCUCUUACAGUUUCUGAAGGAGUAAGAGGUGCCAUCGCCUGUGGAAAUAUCCAGUUGUUAUUUUUAUAUUUCUUACAUGCUUACAUCGGCUCAGUUUUAGAUUUUCCAACCUGCAGAAUGAAAUUUGUGUAACCUUUUUUUUUUUUUUUUUGCCUGGAAACUUUUUGUUAUGGUUUGUAAUUUAAGAAUAAACUGUCAUUUCAUCAU